AUGGAGGCGCGCGGUUUUGGUCAACUUAAUGGGCGCACCUUCUCGGAAGCGCGUCGUAAUAUCGCUCGGAAUUAUCGACUGCGCCCGGGCUCUGUUCUUGUAUCGGAAAGGGACCUCUCGUUCCGGGAGGCUAUUACGAUAAUCGCGUUUCCCACUAGCCGUCGUCGUCUCGCUUUCGCUUCUGGGAAGGUGCGCCGCGAACUAUCAACCGCCCCGCACCGAUUAGCGUUUCCAGAAUUGUGGAAAGAGCGCGUCGCACACCCGGAACUGGCGGUGAACGCGCUGCCCCGAAAACGGGCGAAGGUGGGACUUCUUACAUGGUCAGCGACUCCACCCGUACCGAUUAUUGUAACGGCCGCCGCGGUACCCGCUAGAGACGUGGUCCGGGUCUUACGCGCGGCGAUUUCUCGGUACGGCCAGUGUUUCGGAAUCGGAUAUAGAGAUUCCGGGAAAGUGCCGGCCUCGGUAGGGCCCGCGUGGGUGUCGAGUCGCAUCGCCGCUUGCUCCGCUCCGCCGCUAAAACUGCGGCAGCCGGAGGCGUUAAGCGUGAGC